AAAGAAUGAUGGAAAAGCUGAAUCGCGUGCGAUACGAAUUGAACGUCGUCGAGCUGCUGGAAAAUUUGAAGGACAAAGGAGAAACGAUUUUUGCGAACCCCGGGGACCGAGUUCAAGCGAUAUCGAGGUAGGAUACGAACAAAGUUCAUUCGUUUCUACUUCCAUUUUAUUCGUCCUUGUCACGCCUGUACAUAAAUUUUCAAUGCAAGCAAUGCAAUCCAUAGUGAAUUGUCAGGAUACACGCGCGUUUUCGUUCUUGAUUCGAUUCAAAUUUUAAAAUAUGCACCUCCAAAGUGUCGCGCAUGCGGAUUCCUGUCGUCGUGCACAUGCAGCAGCUGCUUGCGUGGGUGCUCCUCGUCGUCGGAUCGUCGUAAAGGUUAUUUAGUGGCAGGAAGCGGAGUGAGCAGAGAUAAGAUCGUAUCUGAAAGUCGGAAAAUUACGAUUAAAGACUGGCCAAUUGGAAAUUGUUCAAUUCAACGUUUCGCCGGAACGAACAUGCGAGGAUACGUGUUCUCAGCGUGUAUUCUUCUACCUGAAACCGAUGCGUAAUCGACCGCCGAAUACACGACGACGAGACGACGGACUCGUGCUCUCGAAUUUUUAAUUAAAUACCGUACGCACCAAAUGGUUCAACGCCAACUUUUUCCUGUCAUGUUCGUCGCUGCUUCUGUCGAUGUACCGACAGACUGGAAAAUAAAUUGUUGACACACUUUAAGCUCAUACGAAUUUGUCAAACCUCGGGGAGUAUGUGGAAUGCGUUGAACGGUCCUCCACGAUGUUCAAAUUGGAGUCAUACAUUACUCCAGUGAUUCUUAGUUAUGUCGAGAAAUAUGUAAAGAAUUUUAAGCCGGAACAAUCUCAGGUUUCUUUAUGGGGUGGUGAUGCGUCGUUUCAAAAUCUCGACUUGCGGCUAGAGGUAUUGGAGGAACAAUUGAACCUUCCGUUCGUCUUUGUCAGUGGUCACAUACAUGAACUGCUCAUUCAUGUUCCUUGGGUAAAGAUCAACUCGGAGCCGAUCGUAAUUACUAUUAAUACAAUAGAGUGCAUUUUAAAAUUGAAAGAUGAUAAUAACAUGGAAAGCAAUCCCUCGACCUCGCAGAAGAGGCAGGAGAUAUCACAGGAAGAAGCGCCUCCUGGAUACAUAAAAAGCAUAGUGACGAAAGUUGUAAAUAACAUAACGAUUAAUUGUAAUAAUUUAAUUCUAAAAUACGUGGAAGAGGACAUCGUUCUCAGUGUCAACGUCAGAUUUUUGAGUAUGCAAACCGUCGAUAAUAAAUGGGAGCCAGCGUUCACCGAUGUUAUAUUGUACGAGGUCAUGCUCAGGAAAGUAAUUACCAUUCAAGAUCUGACGCUGUGUUUAGAUAAAAUGGACGCGUCUGGGAAGAUAGAGAUAUAUCAGGAUCCCGUUCUAUACCGAUGUUCGGUCGUCAUACGCUUGAUCAUAAACUAUCACAGUAACACUGCGAGGAGAGCUUCUAUUACGCGAUUAGAUCUACAUUGUCAAAAAAUGGAAUUCAGCAUAACGGAACAGCAGGUGCCCAUGUUGCUCAGACUGGCCGCAUUGAUAAUGGCCCUGCAAACGAAACAGUUCCCGUCCAGUAAAGAGAGAUCCUUGAUCUCCGCCGAAGAGAGGGAAGACGGUACUCAAGAUGAUACGGAUCACAUCGGUGGGACCGGUGCCGAGAACACGGGAUGGGGAGGAUGGGCUUGGAACAUGGUAUCGUCUUUACUACCUAUUGACUGGGACAACGACUGGUCCAGCGAGCAACAAAUGGCUUAUUCCGGACAUACGAUACAUUUAGGCGUGUACGUGCAAGACGCCACUUUAACUUUUAAGACAGUGGAAAAUAUCAAGGAGCAACUGUUUUACAAAUCGCGAAAGCUCCGAUACAAGUCUUUCUUAACGCUGCGAUUGAACGGCGUCGUGUUCGAGACGUUGUUACAAGGGAUCGCGAUGACCAGCUUCCAAAUCGGGAUGGGUUGCAUACGCGUGUAUCCAAGGGGGACCUGUAGUUGCGGACACCUCGAAGUGGUCGACGGGGCUCAACCGCCUUUGUAUUUGGUCGCUGGUAAACUGAACGCCGAUUAUUUAAAAGACUCGCUGUUCGACGACGAGUCGGUGGAGAACAAGGGAAAAAAGAGAGAGUACAAGCAAGGGAUAUAUUACUAUCUGUGUACAGUAUCAGAGGAUCGGCUGAGGGAGCGGUAUCCCGCGUUCGUCAUGGAUUAUGUUCACUGCGUCGAACUCCCGGACGAUAUAACGCCUGAGAAAUUAGCGGAGUUCGGAUCUAAUUUUGAAUACAGUAAUUUCCGGGAACAUCGAGUGAUGAGAUACGUCGUCGGUGACUUGACGAUCAGAAUGUGCUCGGGUGUCUUCCAUCGUCUCGAGACGAUAAAGCAAGCCGCCGCAAAUUAUGAUUACAGUCCAUAUCUCGUUACGAAACCAGAUCCACUCGUCGACGAGCUUCCGCCGGUCACAUUAGAGGAGUACGAGGCUCUGCGGGAGAACGUGUCCAUGGUCGAGACAAAAUUGAUAGUAGUGAAAGCGUCCAUCCAGUUACAAUUAGCGGAUCACACGAUCACCGGAUUACCUCGUCAACGAAAGAUCGUCGAGAGCAGAACGACGCCUUUGACGCCCGCGCUCACGGACGACCCCUUCGCGAGCAUCGAAUGCGACGAUGUAACGUUAACCGUAUUGCAACCCUUGUACCCGUUCAGGCUCGUGGCUUGCGCGUCCAAACAGACCGAUCUCCCGUACGACAUGUUCGAUCAGUGUCAUAAGAUCAUGACGUUACAGGUGAACGGAGCGAGAAGUCAAUUGUACUUGACGAACAGUUGUCACACGUCGAUGAUAAUGCCUUGCAUGAUCGAAUGCAAGAUAAAGAAAUUAUUGUACCCGCAGUAUUGGCGAGAUGUCGAUUUGAUCCUUGAAAUGUACGCGCUGCACGUUGACAGCGUCACGCUCACCGGAACCAAAGCGAAGUUAAUGGUCGGAGUGUCUAUUCUGACGUCGAUUCUCGAUUCGAAGGACACGAGCAACCCCCUCGUGUGCUCCUCUUUGUUCAACGACGCCUGUCAAGAAACAGAUCCCGUGUACUUGGAGUUGCUAUUGGAGAACGUGAAUUGUAGGAAGUUAAAUUCCUCAGUGACGGUUUCCAACGAGCUGAACAUAAAUUCAGUAAAGAUGUUCGCCCUCGACGAAACGCAACAAGCGUUUAUAUUCUCGGGGCCGGAGACCAACGUUCAUGGCGAUAUAGAGAACAAGUCGUUGCUGAAGGCUGUGAUACAGUUCCCGCGGAACGUCGACAAACAGACUCAUCCACCUUUGAUCUCGCUCCAAGUGGCGGACAUCAGAGCUUCGCUCGACCCGUUGCUCUUCAAGUGGCUCGAGUACCGGGUCACGUAUUACAGUCUGGGCACUUUGUGCACGACGCGACCCGAGAUGCAGCAGCAUUUCGAAGGCGCGUCUUCCGAUGCCGGUACGAAGAAGAAAACGUUUCCCAGUUUGCACGAAAGCGUGCACAGUUCCUCGGACAAGGAGAAACGGAAGUCGAUCGUGGCCACGGAAAAAUCGAAAACCGCUCAGAACGACGGAACUCGGAAGAAACACGAUUCGAAAUCGGAGACCGAAGGACAAAGCUUACAGCAUUUGGGAAUAUUGGCCAGAUUAGCAGAUCUGUAUCCAUGGUGGUGCGGUCUUGUCUUAAGUGGAUCUGUUGGGCAUAUUGUCAUUUAUAUACCGUCGAUUACGAUGAGCGGUAUCGGUUCGUAUGGUAUAGAAGAAGCCAAAGACAAAGCGCUAAGAGGCGAUGACACGUUGCAAAUGUUGAUCGUCAAAUUGCCGUCCCUCCUCGUUCACUCGUCCAACGUGAACUUCGAGUUACUCGCGCCUCACCUGCAGGAAUUGCCGGUUCAAUUACCGAGAUCGAUGUGGACAAACAAAGUACAGAGCUUCCCGUGGACGUUGAGUCUCGUAGACUUUCAUUGUUACAUGUUGCAACAACAGACGCAGAAGAACUUCAUUAAAAAAGUCUCGUUGAACGCUACGGUCGCGCUCACAACCAAACUCGUAACGUCUCCGUCCGGGGCAAGUGCUCUAUCUGCUCUCGGCAUUUGCGUUCAUAUCGACAACACUCCGAUCAUCGUAUCCAUAUCAGAAGAACAGGUAGUGUUCGUGAGCAAAAUAAUUUCUAGCAUAUCGAAUGCGAUGCGAGUCACGACCAGCAGUGACAAGAGCGUUAUGGUCGGCGGUCAAAUGAAUACCGAGGCACACAUAGUCGUUCCCAUUAUACCGCAAACUCCGUCUACACCGACGCAAUUACUGUACCCUGAGGACACGACUACGAAUUCGACCGUCUCGACCUCGAGAGAGGAUGUCGCAUCAGACUCCGACCAACUAGUCCUGACGGCGUGGAUUCAGUGGACGAUAACUAAAAUCGCGAUCAAGUUGUACGUAACGGAGAAAGAGACCGCACCCUCGCUGAAACUGGUCCUAGAGCUGGAGGAUAUUAUCACCUCCAUUGACUUGCAGCCAGUUUAUUUUAAAUUAAAAAAUAAGAUUACAACAGUCACCAUAUAUCACUAUACGAGAGCGCCGAAUUCGCCGACGUGGGACAUCGGUGAAUACGUAGGCGCGGUAUUGUGCGGAAGGGAGGAUAAUUUAGAGAAAGGUGACGACUCCGGCUUCUUGAGUUUUACUUUGACUCGAGCGAAAUCGGGGAACGUUCACACGCGUUGGGGUACUUACAAACGGCACAAGAACCCGAAGAAGGACGUAACGACGGAAACGACCGUGACCACUAACGGUUAUAUCUCCGAAGUGGUGAUCAAAAUUCAAAUGGUCGACGUCAUUCUGCCGCUCACUAUAGCCAGUAGGUAUAUACAACUGUUAAAACCCCUGAUAUGUUUCUGUCGAUCCGCCGAGAAAGAUCCGAUCGAGAUCCCCGAGCAAAACGUGACGCGACGGUUGAGCAGUAUCGCGAAUUUGGACAACGAAUCGUUGCCACUGAUAUACCUCGAUUUCAAGGGGCUCAGGCUGAUGUUACCUGCGUCCAACGUGACAAAGUCCAAACCACAGCAUGAUCUAUUGAUCGUUCAGCUGGACGGAAUUCGUAUCGCACCGCACGCGGAGAAUCCGGUUUGCCGUACGCCUCUGAGAUUGGACAUAUAUCAGCUCGCGGCUCAAGCUAACAUCUUGAGCAUACCCGGCUCCGCGGUGGAAGACCGACAAUAUCAGAUCAACGUAAAGAGCAUAUGCGCUCACACGACCACUUGGAAGAACUAUCACGUGAGCAUAAACAAGAAGAUGUCGCAAUCUUAUCUUUACACGAUGAACGAGAAUCCAGCGCUGGAAUGGAACAAGCUCGGACACGGAAGCAGCCUGGAGCAGCAAUUCUCUACGCUUCCACUUCUGUCGAAGUUCGACUUGUGUCUGAUCAUCGCGCCUCCCGUUCUGUUCAAACCGGACGUCACGGUGUGCGGAAGUGCGAUCGAAGUGAACUGCAUCACGGACAUCGAGGUGACGAUAAACCUCGAGCAGAUACAGUUGAUCUCGAUCUUGAACAACGAAUUGAAACACUUGCUGUCCGAGUGCUUCGAACGAGGAACAAACGCGGUCACCGUCGACGCAUCGCCGAAACCGCCUUCAACCGUAGCAGCUAUGAAGCAGAUCACGUGGACAAAGCAACCGAGCGACGACAUAGACGUCGAUUUCACGAAGGACAGCGGUAUAGACUUCGAAACGUCUAGCGUGAACUCCACGGUCAUCGGUAAAACGGCGUCCCCGGAUACCGCGAUUCUUUCGCCGUUCGAAUUCCUAGUCAACUGCGGAAAGAUAACGUUCGUCCUGUACGACGUUCGUCAAGCGUCCACGGGGGAGUACGAGGUCGACAUAAACGAAAUCGAAGAGGAUGAGACGGAGAGUCGGAAACAGCCGCUGUUCUACGUAAUGAUUAAUCAGCCGAACAUUUAUUUCUCGCAGCAGCACCCUUCGCAGAAGUUGCAAGUGUCGUGUUUCGAUGUGACGAUGGCACUCGGAGGCGGAGAUGGCCAGGACUCGAUCUCGAUACCAACGUCGAAAGACUUUAAAGUGUUCAUGAUCGAAACGAAGAACGGCGAUUUGCAUCCGGACACGGGCAUUCCUCCGUCUUUCGUAACGAUCAAGUGUGAGAAAGCUCUAGGGAAGAAUUCUCAGUUCUUCGUCGACAUGGGCAGACCGACGAAAAUUUAUUUCUCUCUGUCACGGUUGCAUCAGGUACGGAUUAUAAAAGAGAAGAUAUCGUCAUGCUUCGCGGAACAACGAGAAGCGGCAGCGGUAUCGUCCGAUCGGCCCGACGAUGCCAAAACUCCACCUCCGUCGGUGAUAACUAAAAAAGCGUACUGGCCCGAUUUAAACAUGUGUACGAAGCAGAUCGUGCUUUCUCUCAAGACCGAUUCCGGCGCGGAGAUAUUGAUCAGCUUCGCUUCGCUGUCUGGAAAUAUUUCGUCCCUCUCGAGACCCGACAGAAUAUACUCGAACACCUCGAUAGAUUCGUUCAUCGUAUCGGCGACCCUCAACGGAAACGUAAAGGUCCUGUUGAAUCCGUGGUGUUGCAACGUGACCGUGUGCUUGCUCUGGGAGAGUUGGUUGAACAUCGAUUCCGUCCCGCAGAUACAAAUACAAGCGGACAGCGACAGUCUCUACAUAGAUUUCGGUCCGGAACAAAUAAAAAUAAUUCGGAACGUGAUGGAAGAUUGCCAAUUGCUAUUGAACGAGUUGACCGCUCGUCCCGCAAAGUCCAAAAAUGACGAGAAGCAACUCGUGUUGUCCACCGAGCAGCAUUACAAGGACGAUUUGAAGGCAGGCGCGUUCCAAUUCGUGAAUGGAAACGCGGAAGAACUGCCGUUUCCGUAUCAGGUAAUCUUCUUCACCUAUCCUCAACAAUCGAUGGCUUGGAGGUAUCCGCAACCGAGGACGUUGACGAAGAUACAUGUCUCUCCGGUUCCGUUCGAAACGCUGGACUCAGACAACGGAUAUACAGACAAGGUGCUCUGCGCACUUGAGUAUUGGAGCGACUGUCACAUGUGUUAUCAGCGAUACGCCGAUUUUUAUCUAUCGGAAACCGAUUCUUAUCGUCUGGAACUUCCCGAGAAGGCUCCUUCGAGAGCGGUAGCUUGCAUAUGGCGCGUAGUUCUUCUGUCGAACAACAACCGUCCCCUAUCGAAGACCAUCAUCUCGGCUCGCGUUCUCGCCGCCUGCCUACGCAUAGAUUCGUAUUUCAACUCCUCGAUCAUACCGAACGUACAAGCCGCCCUGAACAUCGAUGCGAUUCACGUGUCCAUGUACAACCACGUAAGCGCGUCCAUGUACGACAAUUUGCAGCCUCCGUUGAAAAAUUACACUCUGAGAGGCACGAUACCGGAGACUCAAAGCUUCGUGACGCUGGAGCACAAGGGAGCCGUCCUCGUGCUGAAUAGAUGGAUAGACGGCUCUACGCUGAUCGAUGUCGGCGGCACGUUCGGGGUGCACGUGCUCGAUUACGGUCAUUUGACAAUGCAAGAGGUGCUGGAUCCCCUCGAAGCGAGAUUCCAACUCUCCUUGUCAGACAAGACGGAUGUCACGUUGACAUGCAGUCCGUUCUCGUUGAAGUUGAGCCCAACCGUGGCUCACACUCUCGCCGUCUCCUUGCACUUAUGGUGCGCCUCUAUGGAGGAGGAGACUCGGAGCCCGAUCCUGUUCACGCGGUACGUCGUUGCCAACGACAGCAACGUCUCAGUCCUUUUCGGUCAAAGCGGAACGGGAGACAACGUACUGUUGGAGAGCAGGCAAUGCAGCUUCUAUUCAUGGCGAAACGUCGGGAACAAGAUGUUACGCGUCGCGAUCGAGGAAAACGUUUGGCUCUGGAGCAAACCGUUCCCCGUCGGCAUCGACGGGAUUCAAGCGGUCGAGUUUUACAAUUCCGCGACGAAAGCGUCCGCGUUCGUGAGCGUCACGUCGCUCUCGGCCACUCAGAAGCUCGUGACCUUCUCUGGGCAGCUCGUCGUCUCGAAUCAGUUGAUCGAUAAUUUCGAGAUGAAAUUGGUCAAAUACGAUUCCGACAUCGGGUCGAAGGUGACCGUGCUGAAGGACGUGUAUCAGGUCGCUGGUAAGGGUCGACCGCCCUCCGUCAUACUCGAUGGGACCAAGAAGAUGGCGAUACGCUUACGGUUCACGAAUCUGCCGAAUCUGUCCUGGACAGGAGACAUUCCCCUUCGACCCAAUGCGAAAUGGGGACAGCCAUGGCUCGUCAAGGUGCCGCUCCAAGAGCGUGGCCAAUUUCUGAGCAUUUGGGUACGAAUAGUGACGCAGACGAUCCAGGAAAAGAUGAAGGUGCUGGCCGUGCUCAGCCCGCUCUAUAUGAUCCGCUCGCAUUUACCGGUGCCGGCCAGAGUGCAGAUGGACACGCCUUCGUUGAAAAUAUCGUUGAGCACGAUGGUGAACGGUCGGGGCGAGAGGCAGCAACUCUACUGUCCCGGAACCUUCGAACACUUCCAUCAGUUGACGUUCCAAUUGGAAUCCGGAGUCUCCACGUCGAAUCCUUAUGUCCCAUUGUCGUACAGCUCCGUGGAUCAGCGGAAGUUCUUCCGAAGACCGGAGCUCGAGGACAUAGACGCGAUCCUGCGGGAUCUCGAGAAUCAGAGGGACGAAGCGGAAUGGCCGUUCCAAGACGACGAAGUAGAAGAAUGGAUAUCCGCGGAGCAACCGCAGACACACGUCCAAGUGAAGUACCAGGACGCCGGAUUGAUCUCGAGCACUCUGUUGCUGGAACUGCAACCUUGGUGCUUCAUGUUGAAUUCCAUGGGUUGCCAUUUGUCCCUCGUCUCGGAAGACAUCGAGCUCUGUCAGAUACCCCAUUACGGGAUCGUGACGCCACCGAAGCUCGAAGGCACCUUCCACUUGUGCGUUGGAAUCGGCGAUACGUUCUACACCUCACAGGCAUUGCAACUGGCUCGACCCGACUGGAGCCAGAGUUUCUACAUGCCGAGAAUCGGUGGACUGAUUCCCGUCGAAGGGAACGUCAAGUCCUGCGUCGACUGCGGGUCGAGUAUAUCGAUCAUGAGCAUAAACUCCAGCAUGCAUGAGGAUAUGCGUCUCGUACGCGUGACGAGCAGCCACGUUAUCAGCAAUUUGACGUCUCAAGAAUUAUGCGUAGCCUCUCUGGCGGUCCACGAAGACGCGACCAGGCUCGAACUGCCCAACGACCUGACCCCGUACAGCCUUAACAUCUCGCCGUCCGACGAUCAGAAACAGGGCAUACCGAUCAGUCAGUGGUACACUCUGUACACGGAGGACGUCGUCGAGCCUCUCGUUCUCUACGUGUCUCUGAGUCUGGGGCACAAGUGGUCUUGCCCGGUCCGAGUGGAUCAGGGUCUCGGUCGCAAAUGCGUUGCCGUUCCGAACGGUUCCGGUACCAUGCCCGUAGUCAUUACGAUCCAAGAGGACAGGGGUACGACGUUCAUAAUGAUUCACGCGGAUGAUCAUCCUCAAUUUUUGAUCGAGAACACUUGCGUAUUCAAGAUUCUGUUGGGUCAGGCGAACGAAACCGCGAGUGGAAUAGUACCGGACACCGCUCACUUCGCGUGGACCUGCGAAGUGGAGAGCAACGCGACUUGUCAUUAUUCCACUCCUUCCGUCGGCAACAGGCUACCGGAUGCACCGGUAACUAAUGUCCCGAACGUAUUGCUGUUCGCCGCGGUGACCAACGGUCACAACGAGCAACUGACGAGAAGCAAGGAGCUGCGGUGGUCGAGGGGUGUAAACCUAUCGGCGAUAUCCAGCGUGCCGAUAGAUCAGUACGUUCGGCUACCAUCCUACGGAGACGUUAAACUGAUCAUGCAGAAUCGUUGUUACACCACGUACAUCGGCAUCGUCCCGAUAUCGCAAGUGGAGGUUUCCGCGAGGGAUAUAAGGAGUCGGCUGAUGCGGAAGGAGUACGAAGCGAGAGAGGUCGAAAUGUUGCGCGAGAAGUACGACCCGGAUGACGACGCGAGAACGAUCAACGUGCAGAGUUCCGAGAGCUCGACCUCGGUGACCACUUUCUUCUCGGCUCAAGAAGACACCCCAGAAAUAGACCCGGAAGCGAGAACUCCGUCGCAGAUAAACCUCAGACGAUUAAUACCGGACAUGGAGAACGUGAAAAUCGGUGGGAACGACGAGGCGAAAGACGUCGAAGAGAACAGUCCCAGAGAAGGCUCCGUCACCGUCUGCCUCCGCGGGAUUACCAUCAAUAUUAUGCAUGACAUGAACGAGAACGCGCAGAGAAUCGAGGUGGCCAGUUUGUCCAUGACUGACCUAAUAGUCGCCGUGAACGCCAGGUCCAGGAUUGUGCAUAUGCGCGCCUUCGUAGGCGAUCUGCAACUAGAUAAUCAGCUGUUCGAUCAGGGGGGAUUCGACUUUCCGGUGGUACUGAUCAGCCAAAGUCCGUUGACGGCAAAGGAGACAGUGUUUCAUACGAACAGUUGUCUGAACAGUAGGAUAGAACGGAUCAAAGAGAACUCGUUGAUAGCGAUCGAUUACACUUUGGAGAAUCAGGGGCGACUGACAGCGUCGAAAGAUCUUCGUAUAAAGAUCGCGCCGGUCAGCUCUUACAUCGAGGACACGUAUAUCACUCAAUUGUUGAAUUACGCGUCGUCGAUGGUGCCACCCCGAUUCUUGAUGUUGGACGACGCGAAGAAAACGAGGACAUUGGUCUCGACCAUGGGUGUCUACGUCCCUGAUCAUAUAAUGAUCGAUGCGAAAAUAUUGAGCGCCCCGUUGAGGCUACAAAAUUUGAGGAUAGAGCCUCUGUCGAUUUUGUUGAGCGUGCAUACCUCCGUACGUUUGUACGUCGCUUUGGAUCAUUCCCCUUUGUAUUUCGGCACUUUCGAGAAGAAGAACAUCUUGACUACUCCGUAUAGACUCGGCAAUGCUCUCACCAUGCAUUACCUGUCCGGCGCUAUAUUCGGAGCAGGAUGGGUGGUAGGAUCGUUGGAGAUACUGGGGUCGCCCGGGAGUUUGGCGCAAGCUCUUGGUUCGGGUCUUCGGGAUUUCAUUUCUCUUCCGUUCCAAGGUCUGUUGCAAGGUCCAUGGGGUUUCAUCGUGGGUAUAACGCACGGGUCGGCCAGUUUAAUGAGACACGUUACAGCAGGCACACUGAAUUCCGUGACAAAGUUGGCGUCCAGUGUAGCUAGGAACUUGGAUCGUUUGACCCUGGACGAGGAACAUCUUCAACGACAAGAGGAGUCUCGGAGAAUGCGACCUCAAGGGAUGGCACAAGGACUGUACCAAGGCUUGACCGGCCUGGGGAUGAGCCUUCUCGCCGCGGUCGCGGGCUUGGCGCAUCAUCCCUUGCAGCAAGUUUGGUCGGGUGAGAUGUCGACUAAGAGUCUCGUGACCGGCGUCGGUCUCGGUCUCGUCGGGGUGGUCACCAAACCUUUGAGCGGAGCCGCGGAACUAGUCGCACUGACCGGACAGGGACUGCUCCAGGGAGCCGGCUGGAAUUCUCUCCCUUCGCCUCGACAACGACCAGUGGUACAAUACACGUCCGGUAACGACAACGCGACCAUCAGAUACGCGUGGUGGCUGUUACCGUUUCUCGAGAACGAUCAUGGGAAUAUUUUACACGUGACCAACGCGGAUUACGUGAUCCAGCAGGGUAGUAGUCGCGCCGUGACUUUGGUUUUGACGCGGUACGCGCUGUUAUUGGUAAAUACGACGGAAGACAACGUGGAGAGGAUAUUUUUAUUGAAAGACUUGACGAGCGCCGAGCAUCAUUUGGAAUCGACCAUCUGUUUGUACUGUUCUCCCGAGACGUCGCAGACCAAUAACAGAUCUGUAUCUCCGGCUCCGUACGAGAUGGACCGAGAAAUGCGGGCGCGGGUGGCCGAGUACGUGCGAACCAGCAGCACCGGCCUGGCCAGUGUAUCCACCAACAGCGACGUACAAUCUGAUAUUUUUGAGAGCUCUACGCCAAAUUACGAUCGCACGCUCACAUUCUACGUAUCUCCAGAUUCCCGCAAUUAUCUGUUAUCAUUGUUCAACGUCGCCAAGAGGCAAAGUCAGGGUAGCGGAUUUAAAGUGUUAUAA